CUUACGGUAGUCUAAGCACCACAGAUUAUUCUGAAGACUUGUAAAUUCAAAUCUGAAUACCAAUAUUCCAUAGCCAUUGUUUUUAUGAGCUAGCAACAUGAAGUCUACUAGUUUCUUCUUGUUUGUAUUCUUGCUGUAUUUGAGUCACUUCAAAUGUGAUUCUAGGGACAGCAUAACUUCAAGGAACAUAUUAUCAAACAAAACGAAAAUUCUUGUGUCAGCUGGACAGAUAUUCGAGCUGGGACUCUUCAACACACGAUCUAGAAAUUAUGUUGGCAUAUGGUACCGGGUGAGUCCCAAAACUAUUGUGUGGGUUGCCAAUAGGGACAAACCAAUUCCCUUAUCAGAUGAAAUUUUGGCUAUUGACAUUGAUGUCGAUGGUAAUCUCAAAGUGUUGGACUCAAAGAAGAACUCUUAUUUUUCAACAGGACUCGUUAGUGCAUCUUCUUCUAAGCGUACAGCAAAGCUCUAUGACUCAGGAAAUUUGGUUUUAAUUGAUGAAUUGUCAGGCAAGAGAUUGUGGCAAAGUUUUGACAACCCCACUGACACCUUCCUUCCUGGUAUGAACAUGGACAGUGCAUUGAAGUUGACUGCUUGGAGGGUUACCCAAAACGAUCCCAGCACUGGAGAUUACACGUUUCGGCAAAGUCAAAGAAAAUUUGAGUACAACAUACUACACCAAAAGACGGUCCUUCUCUGGAAAGGCUCUGCUCCAGCUGCUUAUGCCAAACACUAUAGUUUCAAUGAACUUCCCUCUCUUGUGGGAUCAAUGUUAACCAAUUUCAGUUUGAAUACAAAACGACAAUAUACCCCGAAAUUGAACAAGUCACGGACUGAUGAUGUUUCAUCUGUGCCAAACUUUAAUUACACAAGGCUACUACUGAAUUCCUUAGGGGAAAUACAAUUAUAUGGCUGGAGUAACGAGAGUACAGGGUGGUUACAAAUAUGGUCAGAACCACAAGGUCCAUGCGAUGUGCAGGACACUUGUGGGAACUUUGGAAUUUGCAACAGUGGGUUUAUGUCUCGGUGCAAGUGUUUGCCAGGAUUUGACCCUAUUUCUCCAGAAGAAUGGACGGUUGGGACUUAUACUGAUGGUUGUUCAAGAAAGUCAGUUAGUGGUUGCAACAAGAAGUCAGAAUUUGACACAUUCUUAAAUAUGCACUUUAUGAAAUUUGAGGAUUCAGACAUGCCAGAUGUGGAGACUAAAAGUGAAGAAGAUUGCAGAAAAGAGUGUCUAAGAAACUGUAAGUGCAUAGCAUAUUCAUAUUUUGAACAACCUAGAGCAGAGAGAGAAACUUCUAGCACUGUACCUAGUUGCUCGAUUUGGACGAAAGAUCUCAACAAUCUUCAGGAGAACUAUACUGGUGGCCUCAACCUCUCUGUCCGCAUAGCAAUUACUGAUAUUGGAGCAAUAACAAGGAGAAAUUGUAAGCCUUGCGGCUCAAACAUUAUACCUUAUCCAUUGAGCAGUCAACCAAAUUGUGGGGAUCCUUUGUAUUAUAGUUUCUCUUGUGAUGAUUUAACUGGAGAAGCACGUUUCCGGACACUGACUGGCUCAUAUCCUGUCAUUAACAUAAAUAAGGAAAACAGAACAUUUGUAAUACAAGUGCGUGCAGAAAAUGCUGGUAAUUCAUGUGAUACCAAAACUCAAGUUUUAUGGCUCAAUCAGUCAUUACCCUUUCAUCGUAUAGAUCGGUGUGAUGAAGGAAAAUCACAAAACCUCAGUCCUGGUGGAUUAAGAAAUGAAAUACACAUCAUGUGGAAACCACCACCAGAACCUACAUGCAAAACUUCUGCAGAUUGUGUGGAUUGGCCAAAUUCCAGUUGCAAUAUCAGGGAGGGACAAGGUCAGAGAAGGUGUCAAUGUAAUCAAUACUACAAAUGGGAUGAUUUAGCGUUAAAUUGUACCAGAGAGCAUGCAGGACAAAGAGGAUGGAGUGGAGAGAAGGCAACAUCCUUGAAUCUCAAAGUCCUGAUUAUCUCUGUCAGUCUAACUGCUGCUGGAACUAUAACCAUUUGCUAUGUGAUUAUCUACCAUAGAAAAAAGGUGGCAAGAAGGAAAGCCAAGAAAAUAAGUUUGGGGAAUGGGAUAGAGUACUUGUCCGAGCGUGGAGGUUCAUCUAAAUAUUUGGUAACCGAAGAUGAUAAGAAACGGAUCGAUCUCCCAUUUUUCAACUUGGAAAGCAUACUAGUCGCUACGGACAACUUCUCAGAUGCAAAUAGGCUUGGUCAAGGUGGAUUUGGCCCUGUUUACAAGGGUAAGUUCCCUCAAGGACAAGAAAUGGCAAUUAAGAGGUUGUCAAGUCAUUCUAGUCAAGGUGCAGAAGAAUUUAAAAACGAAGUAAUGUUAAUUGCCAAACUCCAACACAGAAAUCUAGUCAGACUUUUGGGCUACUGCAUCGAGGAAAACGAAAAGAUCUUAUUAUAUGAAUAUAUGCCCAACAAAAGCUUAGACACCCGUAUUUUUAAUCAUAGUGUACGCCCAUUGUUGAAUUGGAAUAUCCGCUUCGAAAUCAUAUUGGGCAUUGCUCGUGGACUUCUUUAUCUACACCACGACUCCAGAGUACGUAUCAUUCAUAGAGAUCUAAAAACGAGCAAUAUUCUAUUAGACGAAGAGAUGAAUGCCAAAAUAUCAGAUUUCGGCUUGGCCAGGAUUGUUGAAGGCAGAAGUAUUGAUGCUAAGACGCAAAAAGUUGCCGGAACUUACGGCUAUCUUGCACCAGAAUAUGCAUUGGAAGGACUUUUUUCAAUCAAGUCUGAUGUUUUUGCUUUUGGAGUGGUUGUACUGGAAAUCAUUAGUGGAAACAAAAACUUGGAUGUUCUUGAAGACACAAACCUCUUGGGUCAUGCUUGGAAACUAUGGAUGGAAAAUAAGGCAUUGGACAUAAUGGACCAAAGUCUAGUGGAUACAUUCAAUGAAAUUGAAGUAGUAAAGUGCAUAAACAUAGCACUUUUAUGUGUGCAAGAAGAUCCAGGUGAUAGGCCAAUUAUGUCAGAUGUGAUAAUUAUGCUUGGAAGUGAUAGCAUGCCUCUUCCAAGACCCAAUCAACCAGCUUAUGUCACAAGGAAAAAUUACACAAUAGGAGCAAGCACAUCAUCCUCCUCUUCUUAUAAUUAUAAUAAUUACUAUAAUUAUGAUUCAUUCACUGGCUCCAAAAAUGAGUUGACCAUCACUGAUAUGCAAGGCCGAUAAAUAGUAUAUAGUAGUAGUAAGUUUUGCACGAUAUGGACUUGUUAAAUACAUAUUCUAAGGUUAGUGUGAAUGACAAUAUUUAUGUAGUAGGCGGAUCUACGUAGAGGAGAGGGAAUGCAAGGGCACCCGAACACUCGAGAAGAACUUCAUGUAUAAAUAUAUCUCGAGUAUAUAUAUGUACUCCAUUAAAAUCUAUGUGUGUUAGCAUAUA